GUGCAUGAGCUGUGCGAUAACUUCUGCCAUCGGUACAUCAGCUGUCUGAAGGGGAAGAUGCCCAUAGACCUGGUCAUCGAGGACCGGGACGUCUGCAAGGCCGACUUCGACGACCUGUCCGGGUCCUCCACCAACCUGGCAGAUCAUAACCCGGCGUCCUGGAGGGACCUGGACGACGCCCACUCCACCCCCUCAGUGGGCACCCCGGGCCCGUCCAGUGGGGGACACGUGUCCCAGAGUGGAGACAACACCAGUGACCUGGGAGAUGGCCUCGACAACAGCUUGGCGUCGCCAGGAACAGGAGACGAGGACGACCAGGACAAGAAGAGGCAGAAGAAACGAGGCAUCUUCCCUAAAGUGGCCACCAACAUCAUGAGAGCGUGGCUUUUCCAACACCUGACGCAUCCAUAUCCUUCAGAGGAACAGAAGAAGCAGCUGGCACAGGACACAGGCCUCACCAUAUUACAAGUAAACAACUGGUUCAUUAAUGCCAGGAGGAGAAUCGUUCAGCCAAUGAUCGACCAGUCCAACAGAGCAGUGAGUCAGGGUACCGCCUACAGUCCAGACGGUCAGCCAAUGGGAGGCUUUGUCCUGGACGGGCAGCAGCACAUGGGCCUUCGACCCGGAGGUCCUAUGGCUGGUAUGGGGAUGAACAUGGGGAUGGAUGGUCAGUGGCACUACAUGUAAACCUGCUGUAGGAGUCCAGCCUAAACCACAGGCUGAAGGCUCCAUGGUUGGCUCAGGGACCUCCUCCUCCUCCUCCUCCUUCUUCCAUCCAGCUGUGGAGUCCACUUGCCACUGCUAAAGGCCUGACGUCACCACACCCCCCACUGGAUGAACACCACCAUGACCACACCCACAUCACCUUGUCCAAGUUGCUGCCGCAGAUGCUGAUGCUGAUGCUAAUGCUGAUGCUGCAGCGGAGUGCAGAGGAUCACCAUGGAAACGUGGACCUGGUAGCGACUGUUGCGGCUUUGAGCCCUGAACAGAGGACUUCUGGAUGAAGACUAACCGCUCCUCCUCCUCCUCCUCCUCCUC